ACCGGACCCAGACGCGGGUUCCGCCGCAGCUGCGGCCUGGCGAGCGAGGCGAUGGCCAAAGUGUCGGUGCUGAACGUGGCGGUGCUGGAGAACCCGAGCCCAUUUCACAGCCCCUUCCGGUUCGAGAUCAGCUUCGAGUGCAAUGAGGCCCUGGCGGAUGACCUGGAGUGGAAGAUCAUUUACGUGGGCUCAGCGGAGAGCGAGGCAUUUGAUCAGAUUCUAGACUCGGUACUCGUGGGCCCUGUGCCUGCAGGAAGGCACAUGUUUGUCUUCCAGGCUGACGCCCCCAACCCAUCCCUCAUCCCUGAGACUGACGCUGUUGGUGUGACUGUGCUCCUCAUUACCUGCACCUACCAUGGCCAGGAGUUCAUUCGAGUGGGCUACUACGUCAACAAUGAGUACCCCAGCCCUGAGCUGCGGGAGAACCCGCCCCCAAAGCCAGACUUCUCACAGCUCCAGCGGAACAUCUUGGCCUCCAAUCCCCGGGUGACACGCUUUCACAUCAACUGGGACAACAACACAGACAGGCCAGAGGCCACUGAGAACCAGGACCCCACCCUGGGCUGCAGUCUUGCCCUAGGCUGCACUCCUGUGAAGGGUCUGGGCCUCCCUGGCUGCAUUCCCGGUCUCCUCCCUGAGAACUCCAUGGACUGCAUCUGACUGGGAGGCCAGGCCCCAGCAGUGCUCAGCCAAGACUGCGCCUGUCUCCUUGCACACCUGGGAGGGCACCAGGCCUCCAGGGUUGUGUGGGGUUAUCACAAGGAUGUUGGGACCAUCAGGACCACCUGUGUCUCUCAGACUUCGGUCCCAAGGAAAAAUGGGCCUCUGGUCUCUUUCAGCCUCGGUCCAGAAGGGUCAUCUCGCUUCCACUGCACAGACCUUGAAGAAGCAGGUACUUGGUGGUUCACUCCUUGUGACUCAUACCAUUUUUCUCCUCUGCACACACUAUGAGUGCCACCUGCAGCUCUUCCCCUAGACCCUCUGCCUCCAGGGCACAGCCUCUGAACCCAUCUACCAUGGCUCUCCAGCGUCACAGACAAGGAACCCUGGUCUGGAGGUAGACACAGAGUUCGUGCCCCACCCCAGGAAAAUUUUAGGUCCUGCAGCCCCAAGAAAACUAUCUCAGCAAGAUGCUGAGAUGCACAGGGCACCUCCCUCAGGGCCAUCUUCCACCUGGCUUCUUCCUGGAUCUGGCUUUCCCUUGGGACUGUGCUAGGGAGGAGGUUGCAGGCCGGAGGGACCUAUGAUCACACACACUCAAAGACACACAAGAAUUUUGGGCAAGAGAAGCAUUUGCCACCGUGACCUGAAAACCCUCCCUCCUCCGUGUGCUUGGCCCCUCGCUGCCACGUGAGUGCUGAUGUGAGUACAGAGUGCGGUUUCUGAAUAAAAGGGUUUACCUCAAAGGUGACUGGCUGGUCUGAAAUAAAAAGCACUUCUUGUACACUGCCUGUGGCAGGUUUUGUCCAGGGUAGGUAGAGGCAGAUUUGCUGCCCUCCUCAGUUUUGGAAUAGUCUGUUGUCUAGUGGAGUGGCUAGCCCUUUCUCUCCCUGCUCCAGUCCCCACUGAUUUUAACGGUUGUAUUCCAAACAGAUCAGGGAGGAUGUUUCUUUGUCAAAACUUAAGCAAACUAGCUGGGCAUAGUGGCUAAUGCCUAUAAUCCCAGCUAUCUAGGAGGUGAUCAAGAGGGUGUUAGUUCAAGACCAGCCUAGAUCAAAAGUUGGUUAAGUUAAAUGUUGAUGGUGAUGUACAUCUGUAAUCUCAGCUACAAGAGAGGCAUAGGCAAGUGGGUCACAGUCUGAGGUCCACUCAGGCAAAAACAGGAGCCCCUAUCUGAAAACUGAAAAGGCAAAAAGGGCUGGAGGCCUGACUGAAGCAGGAGAUGCUUGUCUUGCAAGCUCAAGGCCCUGAGUUCAAAUGCCAGUACUGGAGGGAAAAACAAAAAACAACCUUAAGCAAACCAGCUGCUCUGUAGAUAGAUCCCAACCAGUUCUUUUUCAGACUUUGACCUUGGCCCGGAGAGUAACAUCAUGAUCCAAGUACACGGGUGUGUGUGUACACAGCCACAUUUUUCUUAAAUUUUACUUCUCACUCUCCCCACAACUAGAGGUGGAACGGUUUGGCUAGUGAGCUGUUGCCCCAUCGUCCACAGAAGAGCUCUGACUUUCUGGGAACGUGGGCACAGACAGCUCCUGGGUAGAGGAGUGGUUGUGCAAUGCAUGGGCCUUGAGUGUUGGCAGGGGCUGCUGGCCCACCUGGCCCCUCUGAUCCGGUGGCUCUCUGGUGGGGGAGGGGGUGAUCUUGCACCUCAGG